CUGAUUCAUUUAUUUUUCUAUAAUCUCAUAAUACGCAAAUAUUCAUUCAUUACAAUUUGUAAAUCAUAUGUAAAAAGUGAUUUACUGCCGCCGAAGUUCUCUAAAAAUCUCAUUAUUAUAGUUAUCUUUAAGUUAAGAAUAUCAACAUUUCAUAUACCUACAUAUAAGCUACCAAUAUCAUUAUUUCGUUCAGUAUCCCAUGUACUUUGGUUCACAUUAGACGAAAAUUAAUUUUCAUCUAAUGUUACAAAUUGUGCGGCAACAGGUGUUUAUCUGACUCAGGAAGAUUGAAUUUAAAAGAAUAUUUCGUAAAUUUUUAUUUCAAUCGAGCUUCCAGAUAUCUUCUAAUAAUGGACUGUUCUGAAGUACAAUAUCUUCCGAUGUUUGUGAUCAAUUAUCCAACUUUACAAAUGGUAAACGAAGUUAAAGAAAAAUUUAUCCUGCAUUGGAAUUAUCGGGGAUUUACGAAAUUACCGGAAGUAGUAAGGAACUACGGGGCUCACAUCGAAGAAGUUUAUUUGAAAUAUAAUCUCCUCAGUAAUCUGCCACUAUGGAUUGCCGAAAUGUCAAACAUUACCAACUUGUAUCUCCAUGGCAACCAGAUUGAAACUGUGCCUGAUGAACUAGGGGAAGUAACUCAUUUAACUACCCUUGACUUAGGUAACAAUAAAUUGAAAACUUUACCCCCACGUAUUGGAAAGCUUCAAAAGUUAAAGGUGCUUUUACUGAACGAAAACUCAAUGAGAAUUCUACCAUCAGAGAUAAACAGAUUGAAAAAUCUUGAGACAUUGUCUGUGUCUGGAAAUAAGUUAGUAGCAUUGCCAGAAUGGUUGGGCUAUCUUCCCAGUUUACAGGAAUUGAUAGCAGACCACAAUUGCCUUAUUGAAAUUCCAAAUAGCUUGACUUUGGCCCCCAACCUUUCUACAAUUUCCAUCUGCUCCAACAGAUUGCAACACUUACCAUUGAAUGGAUUUCUGGCGGCACCUUGUAUACAGUUCGAUAAUAAUUCCAAUUUAAAUUAUCUUUCGAUACCUGUAAGCUAUCAAUUAAGUCAACAAAAUCAUAGCUUUCAAAAUCCAAGGGACAUUCUAGCAUACAGAUGCUCUAGGGUUGUAAGCAAUGAUGAUGGUUUCUGGAUAAAGUCCAAGCUGAGCAUUCACCUCAAAGUAGAAAUCUUGGGUCAAGACGGUAAGGACACGACUAUCCUCAAACUACCUCGACAACUUGUUACUGUUCAUAAUAUUGACGAGAGCAGUAUUCCCUCAUUGAUGGAGCUUGCGCUGCGAGAUAUUUAUUGUGAAAGGUAUAAUCAUACCUUAGUAAUUGAUCAUACUACACUGAAAGUAGAGGUAAACCGAGCUGUGAUAGACCGGCAUAAUGAGUGCUUAGAACUCACAAGAUACCUGAAUGAUUUAUUGAAAAACGGGCCAAUUAGUAUUUGCUUGGGCAUCCAAUGUCAACAACCAAUUUUCACUGAAGCUUGGAUUACAGUCAACUGUGACCCGACGACUACUUUUCUUCGAAUCUCUACAUUUUGUAGUAGAAAGUGUGCUUUAAAUCUUACCACACAGACAGAUGCACCCAGAGAAAACAGACGAUGGUAUAUUAUUUGAAAUAAAAAUAUCUUCAGUAUAAA